GACGCUGAGUGGACAGAGUUGAAUGCCUAUUUCAGCGAGAAGGCACCAGACGAGGUUAAGCGCAAGAUCAAGACCACUGCUGCAAAGAAAAAUUGGAUCACCAAAGAUGACCGUGGCAUUGAUGGAGUGAUUGUGAUUCCAGAUGUCAACAAGAAGCGGGUGAGGAUUGGCACCAAGAUGUCCACUGAAUCUGUCAGGCAAUCUCAGCAUGAGAGUGGAACUGCCAGGGAUGAAGCCUAUCAGAAGCAGUCCAAGAAGCUGGACCUCCAGGUCAAUGAGCAGGCCUGCGGCCGGCUCAUCUUUCCCUUCACGGCCGAGGAAGAUCAAGCCCUUGGUGGCCCACUUGAGCCUGACGAGCCGGCUGACGAAGCUGACCCACAAUCUGACUCAGACUCCUCUGAUGCCGGUUUUGGACUCAUGAAGGAUUCCAAAGCCAAAUCAGCCGCCGCCCCCAAGAAAGGUGUCAAGCCCAGGCGUCAACCAGAUGAAACUGAGAAGCCGCAGCCGGCUCCUGCCAGGCCCAGUCGCUCUUCGCCAGAAGAGCUUCAGCAGAAGGGCGAGGAAUUGCUGAUGACCUUGAGAGGAUUCUCUCCAGUUGGUUUUUUCACUGGGGCACUCAAGGAGAAGGACUGGGACGGCAAGCUCAACAAAACUUUGACUUUCGUUGGCCAGUUGGAGACCUUUGACGAUGAGGAGUCCAAGAAUGUUGCCAAAGGCUUGCAACAGACUGCUGAAGAAAUUACUGACAGAAUGGAGACUCUCAAGGGUGUGAAGGGCCUUGA